UAGAGCAUCGCGCGCGUUCAGUUGCUCACGUUCACAAACACAAAACGCGCCGAUGAUGCCUAAAUAAGUGUUCUAGAUAUGCAUCUCUCACCACGUUUAGAGGUGUAGUUUUUUUUUUAAUCUUCUCUCAUUCAUUCAAAGUGCUUUAUUUGAACCCGCUGUCGAAGAAAGCAGAAGUGCGAUGAUCACGUGUGGUGUGGGUGUGUAGCGCGCGCUGCCCUGUUCUUCAUCAUUUCACACGCUGCUCUGAGGGGCUGUCAUGAGCUCUGCUGCCAUUUCAAUGGUUAUAGAUGAAGAGUGGACACAUUCCUAACAGAUAUGAUGCAUGAAACCACUGUGGCGCAGGGCAUCAUGACAACAAUGAACCAAAGUGUGAAGAUAUGUCAGAUAUCGUAUCAGGAGGACCGCAUUCCUCUGAUGGUGCUGUACAUUGUGGUUUUCAUCAUCGGCCUGCCAGCCAACUUGGUCACGGUCUACCUCACCCUCCACCAGGUGUGUCGUAAGAACGUCCUCGGCAUCUACCUGCUCAGCCUGUCCGUGUGCGAUCUCACGUACCUCUUCACGCUGCCCAUGUGGGCGGUGUACGUCAGUAGAGACCACGAGUGGCCCUGGAGCUCCAUGGCCUGCAAAGUGACCGGCUUUGUGUUCUUCAACAACAUGUACAUCAGCAUCUUCCUGCUCUGCUGCGUGUCCAUCGACCGCUAUGUGGCGGUGGUCUACGCGAUCGAAUCUCGCGGUCUUCGCCAGAAGCGGAUCGCAGCUCUCAUAGCGUUUUCCAUCUACAUGGUAGUGGGCUUGGGUCACACGCCCGUCUUCGUCAUGCGCGAAGGGGAAGUUGCUGAAGGGAGUCGCCGCUGUUUUGAGCCCAGCCACGGCUCAGAGUUGGUUAUGGCAUUCAACUACGCUCGGGUUUGCAUAGGCUUUUUUAUCCCCCUCGCCAUCCUGAUCUUCACCAACAGGGCCAUUCUUGCAAACGUGCAGGCCAGCACGGGCCUCCAGCCCCAUCAGAAAGAAAAGGUGCGUUACCUGGCUGUGGCGGUGGUGGCGCUGUUUUUGAUCUGUUUCGCGCCGUACCACAUUAUCUUGCUCGUGCGCGCCAUCACCUUCCACUUCUCCGAGCUGCGGGAGCAGUGUCACUUUGAAAAGUACAUCUACACACCUUAUAAAAUCUCUUUGGGACUGUCGACUUUCAACAGCGCCAUCAACCCCAUUCUUUACGUGCUCUCCAGCAACAAUAUCCGUCAGGAGAUCAGGAGAGGGAUGGCGUCGCUGUGUAACAGAGUCAUCUCCAGUCAGCGCUCGACGCACAGUAGCCAGCACAACAUGCACAGCUCCAAAAGCAAUUCAGAUCCCGUCCCAGCAAAGGGCAAUGAAAUGAGAACUUGUUCCAUGCCAUGCUGAAAUCGUAGAAGCAUUGGACAUUUUUGGCUUGACGUUGGACCUUAAAGGGGAUCUAUAAUGCCCCUUUCACAAGAUGUAAUAUAAGUCUCUUGUGUCCCCAGAAUGUGUCUGUGAAGUUUCAGCUCAAAAUACCCCACAGAUCAUUUAUUAUAGCUUGCCAAAUUUGCUCCUAUUUGGG